AAGUGGAGGCUGCUAUUGCAUGAGUGGAGGCUGCCUCAGCAUGCAAUGUCUGCUGGGGGGAGGUAGAUUCUGAUGGGACUCUUUCUAGGCGAUCGGAAAGGGAGGUCAAGACAUUAAACCGGGGUCAGUUAAGUAUGGUCAGCAUAUGAUACAGGUUAUGUUGCCUACAUACAAGGGAAUGUUCACCCCAUUGGGGGUGUGCUGGUCCUUUCGGAAACCUUGCAUACAAUGAGUGGUCAAGAACAGGCAGACAGCUGGAUAAAGCAGGAGGUGCCUGAGGAAGAAGAUACAGAUACAAGUGAAAAGGAGCAAAAGAAUGAAGACGAGAAAUAUGAAGCUGGGUCAGAAGUGGAAGAGGAUCCAGCUCCCAAGGAAAAGAGUGUGUGGGUUCCAAGCGUGCUUUGCACCACCAGCAAAGAGCGUUACUGUUUCGUGGGACACACCAUUGACAUCUAUGAGUCUCUGGAUUCCUUUGGUGCCGUUAUUUGGCCAGCGGCUUUGGCUUUGUGCCAGUUCCUCGAUAACAAUCGCAAGCAGAUUGACCUGCUGGACAAGACAGUACUGGAGAUUGGUGCUGGGACCGGCCUGGUGUCCAUCGUGGCCUGCCUGCUCGGGGCUUCGGUGACAGCCACGGACCUGCCGGACAUCCUUGGUAACUUGUGCUGCAACCUGAAUCGAAACACCAGGGGGCACUGCAAGCACGCCCCUCAGGUGGCUGCACUCUGCUGGGAGCAGGACCUAGAGCAGUCAUAUCCGCGCUCUAUCUACCGGUACGACUACGUGCUGGCAGCUGAUGUGGUGUACCACCACGACUUCCUGGAUGAGCUGCUGGUGACCAUGAAGCACUUCUGUCUGCCCGGCACGACUCUGAUCUGGGCCAAUAAGGUCCGCUUCCAGACUGACCUGCGGUUCACUGACAACUUCAAGCAGGCUUUCCACACUACCCUGCUGGCCGACCUCCCGGAGCAGGAGGUGAAGAUCUUCAUGGCCAGGAGCCGGGAGGAGUGAGAGACGUGUUCAUCUAGCGUUCACCGUGCAUGUGCUGGUUUUAGACUCCUCCCACAUCCCCCAUCUACAUUCCUACAGGUUUAUCCAUUUUUAUAGCCUUUAAUGCAUAAUGUGGUGAUGGUGUGCAUGUUUGUAUAUGAAUAGACAGACAGUUUUUAGAAGGAUAUUAAUUUUGUGGCUUUUUUUUUUAACUAAACUUGAUGCAUUUCACUUGUAAUAGGCAAAAGCACAAUGAGAACUGAAUGCUUAUCGAAUCUAAAAACCUUAGACUGUUAGAAUGAAAUGUUUUUUUAAGACAGAUCACAUGACACACAGACUCAUUUUCAAAUAAUUUUAUUCUGAAUUGUUUCAGAGAACCCAUACUUUGUAGUAAAACAGCUUAUGUAAAUUCUCCUGUUGGUAAGGGAAAUAGAGAAUAGUUGUAUAUAUGUGAACUGCAUCUGCUCUUGAAAAUAUGGGAUUUCAACCUUUUUUUUUUUAUAAAUAAAACAUUUCCAUAAAUACACAUUCUAAAAUGGUAUGAGUGAGACAGGCUUUGCUUUAGCAUCUUUUACAGGGUUAAGGCCAUGUGACAUGUCAAUCCAACCCAGGGUAGUCUGGAUAAUACAGUUUAUUUAUAGAGAGGCAUGACGUUGCUACAAUGAGGUAACUCUGUAGAACGGAUUACCAUGAAGCCAAACCUGGGGGGGGGGGGACGACACCCACCAGGCUCUGCUCGUGAUGUGCGUGUGGCUAUUGCAUUAUGGCUUGUUUGCUUCUGCUAAAUAAGGUACGGUGCCGUAAAGCUUCCCUUAGCCCUCCUCAGGCAUUCAGUCAGGAACACCUCAUUCUACAAACAUUUCCAGCAAACAGAAGCUGGCAUUUGAAAAUUAAAAAUAAAAAAAAAAAAAAAAAAAAAAAAGUCCCGACUGGCUAAAGACCUUUGAUAUGCACAGAUUAAAGAAACUUUUUUUUGUGUUUUGUUUUUUGUUUUGUUAAAGUAAAAAUCACACUUGAUACCAUGCUUAAUGAAGGAUUGGUCAUUUAUGUUCAAUAAAAAAAAAGUCAUACUCUAAAAAAGACAAA